GUCGAAGGUCCAAGUAAUGUUGCUUUUACUUUUCACUUCAAUAAAAUAGAAUUUGCUUCGAUUAAAUUAAGAUACAAAUAUGAAAAAAAAAAAAUAAAAAAGGAAAAACUGUUGCAUCUUGCCCCGCACUUGGGUACGCCCAAGGCGGACAAGGACAAGGGUCCCCCGGCUCCCCUACCGUCGCGUCGUCGCGGAUGCGAUGGAGACGGAAAAAAUGUUUGGUCCCGAUAUGUGCGUCUCGCUUUUCCGCGUCACGGUUCGCGCGGUCAGUCGUCAGUGGUCAAUCGCGCGGAUCGCGCCGCGCGCGCGGUCAGUUCUAUUACUCCUUCCCCGUUGCUCCUUCAUCGUUCCUCUCCGGUCUCCGGUCUCCCUUCCCCGGGGCCCGGAGCCAGCGCGCCGGUUGCCGGAAGCGAGCAAGCGAGUCAGCUUUAUCUCCGUCUCUCUUUCUCGCCUGUCGCCUAUAUUCGCGGCGGAGGUGUUCUGCGUUCUUCGAGGAUCUUGAGAGAGUUAGUCGAGUUGUAGCAGUAUACUGCCACAACUGACCGAUCAGUCACCGAAGAGUCACGAAGAGUCAGUCGGUCACUGUCGGUCAGUCAGUCAGUUGAGUGCGGGCUACGAGCUGCGAGCGGUCGCAUUUACUCGCACUUCGCACUGCGGAUCGUCGUCAAUCGUCGAGUGGCGUGGCUCGCGAGAAUCUUCAUCCGUUGUCCAAGUCUGCGGCGCGCUUUUGAGAUGACAUCGAGCGCUCUUCUCUCCAAGUGGAUCGUAUACCUGGCGCUCGUUCUGGUGUACCAGACGGCGCGACUAGUCCAAGGACAUCCUCACGUUUCCUCCUCAACGGUAUCGCCGAACGGUUUCGCAAAGUUGUCGUCGCCCGCCGGAAGUUCCUCGACGCAGGACCCGCCGUUUACGAUUUUAAAAUUGAUCGAGGCGGCGUACAAGAACCACGAAUUGAUACCACCGCAACAGUGGUCGCAGCGGCCCGACGACGGCGACCACGGCGACGACGGUGACGACCGAGGGGUCGGACGAACGCAAUGGCGGGACACUUUGGAGCAGCAGGAGUCUUCGAACGACGGAAUGACGCAAUAUAGAAAAAGGAUGUUGCUGCAAGUGUCGAGCACGACCACGUCGAUGCAUCGAAACUUGGACGAGAUCUCUUAA